CCACUUGAUUUUUUUUUCUAUCACAGGGAACAAACAGAAGAGCCACAAAGCUUGCAACCAUGUCGACCCCAAUGUCUCACUCUGCAAACCAGUCAGCUGCUCCAGCUGUUGCCACUUCAUCACCGUCUGAGGCUCAUCCCACUGGCCGGCCUGCAGGGAUCCUUCCCAUGCCCGCCCAGUUGCUUGCAGCCUCUCAUGGUGGUGGUGGUGGUGGUGGCGGUGGCCCUCCUGCUGCCUCUGCUUCUGCUAGUCCAAAAGGGACGCAGCAAGACUCCAAUGGCGGUGUCGCCGUGCCCAGCACGGGUGGCGGGGACAAUGCUGCACAGGGGCCUGCGCAAAAUGAAGCUAACAACAUGGCAAAUACCAAAGAGAAGACAUCGAUGUGCCUGCUCAAUGAGCUGGCACGCUUCAACAAACUCCAACCCAAAUACGAGCUCGUCAGCGAGAAGGGCCCUCCCCACGAGAAGAUCUUCUCCGUCUGUCUGACCCUUGGCACUCAGAAAUACGAUUCGUCUGGCGCCAGCAUCAAGAAGGCUCAACACGGAGCCGCAGCCAGUGCCCUGGAGAAGUGUGGGCUUCCCCAUCCCGUCCCUAGAAACCAGCCCAAGAAGUUCAAGCACAGGCCCAUGAACACCAACACUGAUGCCAUGACCCCGACCGUCAAGCUCAACAGCCUGGCCAUGAAGACAGGCAAGCAGGUGCACUACAUGCCCCUCAACCCUGUACCCCAGCGCCCCUUCUACGGAGGUUACCGUGGCCCCAGGAACCAAGGUAUGCCCCCUCCUAAUCAUGGUGGUAUGCCACAGGGUCCACCACCGCAAGGUCCACAUCCCAACCAGCAGCAACCACCUUCCCCACCACAGCAGCCACCAGCAGCCCAACAGCAAGGUCAGGGGCAGCAAGGGCAGUCUGGACCGGCUCAACCCCCUCCUACAUUCCACCCUCCUGGCCCUCCACAGAUGCCACCACCGCCUCUCCAACCACAGCAAGGGCAAGUUGCCCCUCCCCCAGGCAUGGCUCCACCCCAGGGGAUGCCUCCCCAGGGCCCAGGGGGAAUGGAGCAGCAGGGACAGCAGGAUGGGGCGCCACCACCUAAUCAAACACAACAACAACAUCAGCAUAUGCCCCAGCAGGGAGGCCCUCCAUAUCAAAACAACCAUAACAGGCCCUACUAUCGGUACCCACGGCCAUUUGUGCACUACAUUAAGGUCACCGUCGGCGAUCACGAGUUUGUGGGGGAAGGAAAGACACAGAAGGGUGCCCGUCAAAACGCCGCCUUCCGUGCCCUGACCGCCCUGGAGAACGAGCCUGCAUCUAAAGUGGACAUGGCUACGACCACCAACGUGGUUGUGGACGGCAAUGGGGAUGCCCCUAGUGGUGGGGAGGAGAGGAAUGUCAAGUCCGAUAUCAGCCUUAUCUAUGAGGCUGCAAACCUUCAUAAUCUGAAUGUUGUUUUCAAGGUUUUGGAUGAGCGAGGGCAGCCCCACCUGAAGAUCUUCAAGCUGCAGUGCACUGUGGGAGAGUUUAACACUGAGUCUGAAGGCCCUUCCAAGAAGGAUGCCAAGCGUAAAGCCGCUGAGCUGAUGCUCCCUAAACUCAAGGAACUCCCUCCUGUCGCAGCUAAGCAGGUUGUUAUCCAACAUCACAUGAUGCAGCGCAAGCUUUGGGUGCAGGACAAGAACAAGAAGAGGAAAUCCAAGUCUCUGCUGAAGACAUCCCCAGAGGACCCCAAUUUUGGCGCUCCAGGCCUUCACCCUGUCAGCAGGCUUGUACAGAUUCUUCAGGCCAAGAACGAGCGUGAACCUGAAUUCGCUGUGACUGAGGAGCGUCCUCUGAUGGAACGAGCAGGAGCUCACAUGAUACGAAGACGGGAGUUUACCAUGCAGGUGUCUGCUGCAUCCAAGACAGCCAGCGGUAAAGGGAAGACCAAGAAGGAUGCCAAGAAGCAAGCAGCAGAGAACAUGCUGAAGCUCCUUGGCUACGCCCCUACGCCUGAGGAAAGUAAUGGUGUGGGCGCAGGACAACCCUCCAAGUCAGCCCUCAAGACUGGAUCCAAGACUUUAGAUCAGGAGGGGGACAGGAAAGUCACUUUCAAAGAUGAGAAACAGAAGAAAGGUUUAAAGAAGGACGAGAAGAAGGAUGGCUCUCCAGCCCAGGUUAAUUCUGUGAAAGGACUUGCUCCUGGAUUGCUUCCCAUGAUGCCAGGCAUGGGAUCACAGCCGUCACAGAUCUUCCCAUCAGGCCCUGCUCCAGCGGGAGCUCAUAAAAUGCCCGGACAAGGUCUAAAUCGUGCCCCUGGUGCACCUGUCACAGGCUCUAACAUGAAGGUCUCCCCAAAGAAGAAUUCCCUGCGUGACAUAGCCCAGGACCUUCUUAGCCUUGGACACUCCCCAACCGCCGAAGCUCUUCUGAAGGGAACAUCUGGACCUCAUUCCAUCCCCAACCUCUCUAGACCAACUCAGCAGCUAGAGUACCUUGCCCAAGUUGGUGGUGUCAGCACCAAGUUUAACGACUUCCCCAAGGGAAAUAAACCCGAGUAUCAGUCUGUGGUGUACAUCUCUACGGAGCCUCAGUCGGCCUAUCGUGGUGUGGGUGCCACCCUGGAGGCAGCUCAUGAUGUAGCAGCCAUCACUGCCUUGAGAUCUCUGGCUGGCAUCACUGAUGGGGGCGACGCCAACAAGAAUGGCAGUGGACGAUAAGUAUAGGAGGUUUCCUUGGCAUAACCUGUGAUGUUAGAUGCGGAAACGAAACAGUGAUGUAAUCAAGUAUAUUGGGAACGUCAAGGAGAAGAAAAGAAAAUGAUUAUAAAGUAUAUUGAUAUAAAUUGAUGAUUUUAUGUCAUUCUCAUUGCACUUUUGUUUUGACUUUAAUUUAAUUCUUACACACUUUUGCAUGCAAACACAAGAAUUUAUUUCAUUAUAUUUUACCCUAGUUUUUUAAAUAUAAAUCUCUGUGAGGCAACCACGAGGUUUAACUCUUUUAAUAUUUUAAAGAUAGUUCUUAUAAAAAGGUGUAUUUGAUUGGUGAAAGGAAGAUUUUAUUAGAUGAUAUUACAAAGAAUAAAUGUAUGUAUAUUCUUAAUGUUUGCAUGCAGAAUCUGUCUCAAGAUGACUAAGAAUAACAUUGAAAGUACCUAGAGAUUAUUAGGUGUGGUAUUGUGAAUAUUGUGAAUCAAAACUAAAAAUUGCUUAAAAGUUCAUGUUUUAUGCUUAUGGAUAGAAGUUGCUUGCAUGUAGUUUUAAUGAUAGUUGGAUAUUUGAACUGAGGCCAAAAUGGUGGGAAAACUAAUCUUCUUAUUUUCAUCUUCUGCUGUAUUAUCAGGAUUUGAAAGCCGCAAACUUCAUCUCUAUCUACGUUUGCGGCGUUAUAUCAAUAUGGAGACGAUGGAGGAGAAUUUUGAUUUGGUUUGCCAUUAAGCUUUAUAAAACAUGUAUUUCUAAAUGAGUCUGUAUAUAUAUUCACACUACCAUGCUGUGUAUACUUAGAAGAAUUAAAAGUGUAAUGACAAUUAGAUUGAUGAUACUCAAAGUUGAAAAAGCUGUGGUAGGUUCAUAAAAUGGAGAGGGCCCUUCCAUUGCUUUUUAUUUGAAUGAAAACCUUUGUUUCACAAUGCAGUAAUUGUUCAAGGAUUUUAAAAACUGAGAUGCUGUAAAAGUCAGCAUUUGUUACAAAGUUGGCAAAGUGGAAGCAGAAAAUGAAAAGGGAAUUAUUGAAAAUGAGAUAAAUCAUUGAGAAUAUCUCAAACAUUCAUUGAAUUUCUGCUUCCACAUUAAACAAUUUGUAUACACCUUUAAAAUAUAAAGGUUUGUACAUUUAUUAUGAUGUUACAUUAUCAUAGUUAUCUUUUCAGUAGCUGAUGCACCAAAACAAAAGUUUGGAAGGAAAGAAGAAUAAAUACUGGUAACAUUGUAUGAAGCAAAGGUUUUGCUACAAAUGAAAUCUUCAAUUUAUUAUACAUGUGUGUAUUUGCGUAUAAAAUGUGCUUUAAAAACGGGGCGGAUUCUGCUCCUGCAUCAAUUACCUGGUGUAUAGUUCUUUUAUAUCCUGCCUGGAUGUAUUUUUAAAAAGUAUUUUUUGUAUUCUUUUGCUACACAGCUAACAUUUAUGAUAUGUAUGUAUUUAUUUAAGGAACGAAAAUUGGACCUGCCUAUUUUAUGAAGCAGCCUGUCAAGACUAUUCAAAGGCAUAUGCGUGUAUGUUACACGUGGUCCCAUAGAUAUUUUUAAAUCCACCAUAGUAAGGAUCCACACCUUUCUUUGAAUUGAAUUAUUUUCUACUUACCCUUUAAGUAAUCUCACUGUGCCAUUUUCUGUUUACCUGCUAUGUGUAUGACAUACAAAUGUAUACGUUAAUGGCGUUUCUUCAAGAUUGAAGUAGAAAAUCUACAACUCGUACGUUCAUUGGAAACAUGGUUGAUUCGCCAAAAGAUUUUACAGGAAUUAUGGAAAGACCCAUAUCUUAUUAUUGCACGUUGGAUUAUCAAUAUUAACUUGCAUCACUAGACUUGUGAUGAAAAUAUGAUUUAUGUUUCUAUGGUUACGGAUGAUUUAGAGGAAUCAUAUCGAGACUUGUGCUGGGAGCCAUUUUUGAUGGUUUCUUCUGCCAUUCAUCAUUAAAAAAAUCUCUUGGUUAUGCAAUAUAUAGUAUCCCCCAA